AUGUCGGCUCUGCAGACCUUCAUGCUGGUCGUGGACCACGACAAAGAAGAAGCCAAGCGCAUUGCCGAGGGAAUUGCACAUGAUGUCGAGACCAAGAAGACCACCUUGAUUGACACGGUGCAAUCGCUCGGUGAAUACAUCAACGAUGAGGAUCCGAUCUUGCGCGGAAAAGCCAUCUCCUACCUGACAGCCGUUAUCUCUGCCCUUUCGCCGAAGUACCUCUCGAGACAACAGAUCCAAGUUCUGACUACUUUCUUCUGUGAUCGCAUUGAGGAUGGAGGUGCUGUUGCUGGAUUGGAGGUCUUGCAGAGCCUGGAUCGGUUCAACAAGUUCCUGGCUACACAGGUGGCACAAGCGCUUUUUUCCAACUUCCAAGAUCUUCAGUCUCGCUCUCAAACACAGCGAUUCCAUGUCUAUCAAUUGCUCAAUGAUCUGAUGUCAACGCACCGCGUAGCCAUGCGUGACAUGGGAGACAUUUCACUACUUGGCGUGGUUGAUAUCAUGACUGGAGAGAAAGACCCAAGAAAUUUGAUGAUUGUGUUCUCUAUUCUGAAAGUUGUCAUGGUCGAAUGGGAUAUUUCGAACCAUACCGAGACACUUUUUGAUUCGGUCUAUAAUUACUUCCCAAUCACAUUCCGACCCCCACCGAACGAUCCCUACGGAAUCACCGCACAGGAUCUGAAGGGUCGUCUUCAAGAAUGUAUUGCUUCGACGAGGCGCUUUGCUCCCCAUGCCAUCCCCGCUUUGCUAGACAAGCUUGAUUCUACGUCCCCCAAUGUCAAGAAAGAUGCUCUCAACGCAUUAAUCGCUUGCAUUCAAUCAUAUGAUCCCAACACGGUAUCCAAAUUUUCCAUUACCGUCUGGGAAGUGCUCAAGUUCGAGAUUCUAAACGCUCAAGAAGAGUUCCUCUCUGAGACUUCCCUUGAAGCAUUGCAAGAAAUCACACGCCGCCUCUCCGAGGGUGUUACCGAAGUGUCGCAGGACUUACCACUCGCCAAGUAUCUCCACCCCAUCACCAAAGAGUGCAAUGAGCAACUACACGAACCCCAAAGUAAGCAGGCCAAGCCUGCACAGUCGAUCCUCAGCUGCGUCUCUUCCGCUUCUCCGGUAUCCUUCUCGCUGGUUGUUCAGACUAUUGUCGCUCCUAUUUUCACGCUAUACCAAGAAGCCGAUGGUAUCAUCAAACAAAAGGCCCUCCUGGAGACUCUUAAUGUGUUGUUCGAAUCCGCAACAACCAUUUUUGGUCAGUGGACCACCAUCGGCGGGGAGCUCGCCAUUGGUAAUCCAUUGCUUGAAUUCAAAGACCAGUUGUCGGAGAUCCUCGGUCAAGUCUUGAUGGGUGCGGCCAAGGAGGAGGUAUCUUUCCGAGUCACUGCUUUGAAGGGAUUUUUGCGCCUGUCAACACUGCGUGAUUUCUUCCAAGACAACGAGAUUGGGCUUUUCGUACAAUACUUGGAUGAGAUCCUUCUCAAGGAAGAAUCUGUUGGCCGCGACGACUUGAAAAAGGAGGCAAUUACUGCCCUUGCUGAAAUCUCCAAGCAUAAGCCAAGGUUGAUUAUAGAUAUUACUUUCCCAGCCUUUGUGGCAACUCUGCCAGAGGAGGACGAAGGCUCCGACGCUAUUUAUCUGCCGACGCUCGAGACACUUGCGCAAAUAAGUGUGGAGAGAGAUAUUUUCGAAACUCUGUUCCGUCGCCUGUUCAGCAAGUUCUCUAUUCUGCUACAGAAGGAGCAGCCUGGCUCCGUAGCCUACCCUCGGGCUAUCCUAGUUACUCUGUUGUACGUUAUGCAACAGAGAGACAUGAAACAAGACCAAAGCAUUGAUUUGUACUACGAUAAAGUCGUGGUUGGUCUUUGUCGCGAUGUCGCAGCGUCGGCUUCUGGUGCGGCAAAGAACCGAAUUCUCAAUGACCCAACCGUGCUUGAUACCUUGGGCCGACUUUGCAACCUUCUUGUGCGGUCUAUCUCGACCGACAAGCAGGAGCAAGUUGCCGAAAAUAUCUAUACCCUCUUCGCCACCAGCGACGAGUUUGUGCCCAUCCCAUUCGCUCAACAUGCAACCGCAGACCAAGAACGCACAGUCAUCAUUUCCACAUACUUGGUUGCAGGACUACCGAAAGAGUCUGGAAGUCGACUUCCGUAUACUGAACCCAACAUGUCUGCUCUGCUUUUGGAUCUGGUGAACCGUUCCGUCUCGAGCAACGAGCCAGCAAUCCACCAAGCAUACUUGCGCCACUUGGCUCUGCUUGUAAACAAAUUCCUGUCCAAGCAGGAUCUGACAAUCGCGGAGCAGCUCUUCGACUCUCUCCUCCAGGCCCAAGGCACAGAGCCAAACACUUUCAACCACGCGACCAUUCGCACCGUCUUCUGGUUAGCAAAGGCGCUAGUGCUUCGUCUUGCACCGACCACCACCCACGUCUUGACUUCCCUCCUCGCCCUCAUCUCCUCCCCAGACCAGCAAACCAGCGUAACAGCAGCGCAAGCCUUUGCCAUCAUCCUCGGCGAGGACGACAUCCUCUCCGCAACGAACGGUGCCACCAUCCGACUUCUCUGCAGACAACGCCUCUUCACAACCCUCAUCCCCCUGAUCUCUUCCCGCAUCCGCGAAGUCAACAUCGCAGUAACCGACGACCCCAACGCCACCAAAGCCCCAAACCACAUCAAGCCAGCCCACCUCACAGCCCUCUCCGGGAUCCUCUCCACCAUCCCCACCUCGCUGGUCAUGCCCGAACUCCCCACAUUGCUCCCCCUCCUCCUGCAAUCCCUCGAUCUCCAGACCGCCGGCUCCACCGCCGUGCGCACAGCCACACUCGAGACCCUCGCCGUUAUCAUCCGUGACAACGGCGUCGUCGUCAUCGAUCAGUGCGGUCACAUCCAGAGCCUCGUAACCAGACUUUUGAAAACAACUGUCACAAACAAUGGCCCUGGUGCUGUGAACAGCCCUCGUCUUCGCGCCGAUGCGUUGAAGUGUCUCAACCUUCUGGCUGCACACCAGUCUCCCCCCGGUACCGCUUCUAAUGCUCGUGUCCCGCCGGCUAUCUCGCCGCUGCUGCCUGUCAAGAACCAGGUGCUGAGAUCUCUGCGUGCGGUCCUCGAUGACCCUAAGCGUGAUGUUCGCAAGGCAGCGGUUGACGCUAGAGGUGCUUGGCUACGUGGUGUAGACGAUGCACCGGAAGAAGAUGACUGA